AUGGUGCGCCUCUGCGCUGCGUACAGCUCUUCGGGUCUGCAGCAGCUUGCUCGCCGCUUGCCGUGGAGCCGCCCGCCACAUCCUCCAUGACAGACGUGGCCAUGAGGGGCCUGCGGCGUCUUGUCUGGUUGGUGGCACAGCUCACCGUCCGCACAAGGCAUGGUGCGCCUCUGCGCUGCGUACAGCUCUUCGGGUCUGCAGCAGCUUGCGCGCCGCGUUUGUGUUGCGUCUAUCCGCUGUUCGUGAGUGUGUGUCUUGUUUUUCUCUUUAUCGCGUGUUGUGUGUGUGUUUUUAUUAU